AUGCAAGAAACUGACAAAGGUAAACGUAAAACUGUUAUAGUUGGCGAAGUCGUUCGUGAUGGAAAACCCCUUGAUUUUUCAUUCAAAAAUAUCAGAAACUUAUCAGACAUCAUCACAAUGGAACCAAGAUCAGGUGAAAGACUUCCAAUCCUUCAUGAAGAGCCAAUAGAGGAGAAGAAAGAAAUUUCCCAACACUUGCUGCCAUCUCCUAGGCAUGAAGCUCCACGUGCAGGGGAAAAUGAAGAAAUGGAAGAAGAAAUCCCGAAGCAGACUAAACAAGCUGAACCUUUUAAACCUCCACAGCCUCCAGCGAUCCAAAAAAUUCUUGCAGAGCAUACAACUUCAAAAGCAGCAGCAAAUUCACAUCAUGGCCAUGCAGACGAGCAUACAAGUGCAAUUGUUAAAAAAAAGAAAGUAAAAAACAUGACAACAAGCCUAGUGCUUUCAUAUAACAUUAUUCCAGAUCUAACAGGAUUAAUUGAUAUCAUUACAAAAGUGAUGAGAAAUCCUUUGAGCUUGAAAUGGAUUGAUCUGAGUUAUAAUCAUUUGACAACAAUUUCUAAGGAGCUAUGUGAACUGCCGCAGCUGAUGUCACUUUAUUUGCAUUCAAAUUAUAUUUCAGAUAUGAAAGAAUUGCUAAAUUUGCAGGAUACUAAUAUUAAAUCAUUGACUUUAUAUGGAAAUUCUAUAGACCAGUUACCAGGCUAUAGGCUUUAUACGAUAACUUUGCUACCGCAAUUAAAGAGGCUUGAUAGCGUUUUGGUUACGAAAUUAGAAAUAGACAACUCUAAAGGGUUUUCUCACAAGAUUAAUAAAAGAAGACUCCCUAAGGUUGAAAAUCCCCCAGUACCUGUAGUGCCAAAAGACCCUAACGCAGAAGAAGAGGAACAAAAAGAAAAUGCAUAG